AUGCUGUGCCAUCAUCAACUUCGCCACUACAUCAGCACCGCUGAUCCAGACAGAAUCUAUGUUGUCGCUCACAAAGUCAUCCAUUGUAUUCACAUCUCGUCGCAAAAGUGGGACACUGUGGCCAAGAUACCUUUUGAGCCCAGAUGCUUGGCUGCAGGUUAUGGCUGGAUUGUCAUAGGAGGGCCUGAUAACGGAGAAUGCGCCUUUGUCAGGCUUCCUGACCAGACUCCACCUCCUCACGCUAGCUCGAGUUCUCACGAAGCAGACGUGGACGCAGCCUUACCGAUCGAUCUCGAAUCAAGCGCGAGGGCUCCUUCAGCUGGGACCUCAACGGAACAAACGCGGUCAGGUAGCACUCCUGGCCGCGCACAACCGGCAGAAGUUGAAAUUAAGAAGUUUGGAGGUUCCAUCGUAAACUCUGUCACCAUUCACCGCUUUCCUGGAGAUGGGGAGCGCAUAGCCCAUGAGGAUGUCGUACUUCUCAGUAACAACGACAAGACGGUCAAGGUCUACUCACUGACCCGCUCGAAACUCCUUGAGGUCCUCCGCCAUCCGGCUGCCAUGAAUUAUGCAAUCAUCUCGCCCGACUCGAAGGUCCUCGCUGCUGUCGGCGAUGAGAACUUCGCAUACUUUUAUGGAAUUACGCGAGAUGAAAGCGCAGCCGUUGAGCAUGGAGACGGAGGUGCUAGGCUGACAGGGUGGAAGUGGACUUUGCUUCGCAGUAUAGAAUUGCAGUUAAGCACAGGAUUUGAUGACGGAAGUUGCUUCACUGUGGCGUUCUCCCCAUCCAGUCAUUUGUGUGCUGUUGGAUCGCAAUCCGGGAUCAUUACCAUAUUUGACAUGGAAACAAUUCGUCGGUCGAGGGACGAGAGACAAGAUCAAGACCCAAAAUUGUGUAUGUUCCGAUCGUCAAGGCCCGAUUCGGACGCCGGCGCGGUGCGAAGCAUGGCCUUUUCCUCAGACCCUUGGGACCUUCUAGUCUGGGUAGAGGACACUGGCCGAGCUGGCAUCGCGGAUGUUCGUCAAGCAUUUUCCCGCAGACAGAUUCUGAACCUGGAUAGGAACGAUCCUGAACUUCAGAAAGUCGAAAUGAGCUUCAGCGCUCUUCCUGAAGGGACACGAUCUCAACUUGAAGAGCUCGCCACCAGCUCAAGCGAGGACAUGGGUACCAUUCAACAAACAAUGCUCGAUCUGCUUGAUAGAUCAUCAUCGGCUGGCCAGAAUGCAGGGGCUUCAGAGAAUCAGUUGCUGCGCGAGAGUCUUGUACAAGAUCUCACCGAUAGAGAGCGGCAGAUUAUUGAGUUCUUGAACACCGCGCGAUGGACUUCAAGACAAGAAGAAGGAACAGAUAAUAACUUACCAAGAACCAUCGUUCAUAUUCGUCCCGGAGGGGUCCAAUCGACCCUCUCGUACGACGUCACCCCCCGCACCGGUGAUGCACUUCAUGAGCUCUUCCGUGAAAACUACCUCGGCCGUGUAAGCGCCAGUGAGCGCGGUCUGAACCCCAGACGCCAAGGCGCUAUCGUGUUGUCUCCGGCCAACACCGGCUCCAACAAUCAAAACCCCGAAGAGGGCAAUUCCACAGGGGCAGAUGUGCACCUUUUGCUCAGAUGGACUACCUCACCCUCGGAUAUGCAGUCCUCCGAGAACGCCUCUCGUGCAAACGGUCCAGGAACCUCUUCCGAAGAUGAUAUUGAUACUGGCGAACCAGGUACGAACAGCCACCUCGCCCUAGGCCGUGCAACAGCCUUAAUUGAUACAUCGUUCCCGUCUCCAGACGCCACGUCAUCCGAAACCCGCCAGAGAUCGCAGCGGUCCAGAUCAAUACCGCGACGAUCGCCGCGCCCGAUUGGCACCACUGAGGGCAUGCACGAAGCACGCACGACGAAUUCGGAACUGCGGGCCAGCGUAGCUGCUGAGCGCCUCCGGCGGCAGCGACUGGCGGCAAAUGAGGUAAAUCGACCUACUGACUGGGAACAAUUGUAUCGACGGCAACUCAUGACUUUUUAUCAGAUUCGGUCACCAAGAUGGAUUAGAAGCAUUCUCAAUGAUCUCUCCGACCGGAACCUAGCCCAUCUUCACCACGACCAAGAUCCUGUUCAAGAUCCUGCUGCCACGGCUGGAAUUGGUUGGGGCGCGGAUGGGAGAACCUUGUACAUUGCGACUGUGGAGGGCAUUUUUGAAUAUCAACUCAAUAUCCAAGAUCGGAUGACCUUCCCGAUUCUUGCUUGCCGCUGA